AAGAAAACAGCGAAUCGUCGACAUUUUGAACGGUUCAGGCGGAUCCGCUUCCAUGUGUGGUGCAAAACAAACCUACAAUGAAUCCACUCACCAAAGUGAAGCUCAUCAAUGAACUGAACGAAAGAGAGGCUGAUCUUGGAAUUAAAGACUCGGUCUCGUGGCAUUCUGAGUACAAAGACAGUGCCUGGGUUUUCGUUGGUGGACUUCCAUAUGAGCUGACAGAGGGAGACAUCAUCUGUGUUUUCUCUCAGUAUGGAGAGGUUGUCAACGUGAACUUGGUGCGAGAUAAGAAGACAGGAAAAUCAAAAGGUUUCUGCUUCCUUUGCUAUGAGGAUCAGAGGAGCACCAUCCUGGCAGUGGAUAACUUUAAUGGCAUCAAGAUUAAGGGUCGGACCAUACGAGUGGAUCAUGUGGCAAAUUACCGUCCCCCCAAAGAUUCAGAAGACAUUGAUGAAGUCACCAAACAGUUGCGUGAGGAAGGCUGCGCCCCCAAAAUGCCCUCUGCAUCAUCAUCUGAGUCAGAGUCUGAGGAAGAGUAUGUUCUCCCUAUGAAGAAACCAAAAAAGGAUAAAAAAGAAAAGAAGAAAAAGAAGAAGGAGAAAAAAGAGAAGAAGAAGGCAUCGAAGGAGGAGAGGCGUGAGGCACAGGACAAGUCUCCCUCGACUCUCCCCAUGAGAGUAAAGAAAGAGAGAGAGGAUGAGGGCUAUGAGAAGUACGCCCUGAAGGGGGCGCCGGAGUCCAGAGGGGAGCAAGCAGGACAAGAGACGAGGAGUGCACGAGACAGACUGGAGGAAAUGGACAGAGCCAGAGAUGAGCAUGGUAACGACAGGAGAGGAGGGAGAGAGAGAGACCGAGAUGAUGAAAGGAAAACAGACAAGAGCAGAGAGGAGGGGAGAUACAAAGAAGACCAACAUUCACGAGAAAAUAGAGAGAGGGAGAGAGACAGAGAGAGAAACAGGGGCAGAGAAGGUGAUAAGGAAAGAGAAAGGGGUAGGGAGAAUGAAAGAGAAAGGGAGCGGGUCAGGGAGAGAGAUAGGGGUAGGGAGAAUGAAAGAGAGAGGGAGUGGGGAAGAGAGAGUGAAAGAGAAAGAGAGAGGGAGUGGGGAAGAGAGAGUGAAAGAGAAAGAGAGAGGGAUAGGGACAGGCAAAGAGAGAGAAACGGAGGUAGGGAGACUGAAAGAGAACGAGAGAGGGACAGAGAGAGAGGGAGAGACCGAGAUAGAGAAAGAGAGAAAGGGAGGGAUCGGGAAAGAGACAGAGAUGCUGACCGAGGGUCGACAAAACACAGAGACCAGAGUCGAGACAGAGAAUACAGGCGAAGCUGAAACCUGGACUGCAACUUCAACUUCCACACAAUCCACCCGCCAGACGUUCAGUGUGAGAUUACUUAUCUCUGUGUGAGACAGAUGUUAUUUUUUUGUUUGUGGUAGAUCUUGUAAAUAAACGUUUCAAAUUAGUAGCA